GCUUGGCGCUCGACGGCAUCUUUCCAACGGACCAACCGUGAUCCCUCCCUUUCUCCCACGUCUAUCUCACCCCAUCGGUCUCUUGCCCAAUAAAUGUAGCCGCCAGGGGAGGGGGGCCGUGGUGGUCUCGCCAUCUGAGUCCCCUCCCUCGCGCUAUAAAUGUAGCGGCCGUUCUUGACCACGCCACUAGGGCACGCUCCACUGUUGCCCCUCUUUUGCUUUCCCUUUGCCAUCUCCGCCCUCCCCUCUCUCAAGAUCUCUCCCCACCCCUCCCCUCGCCACUAGCUCUUCCAAUCGAGAAUCUUCAGGUGACGCAAUGUCAACUGUUACAUUCCCCACUGCCUGCAUGGCCAAAAGCAGCAUCAGAAGCCAGGGCCCUGCCAUACUGAUGAAGAGCCCUUUGUCGCUGAGCUCCGUAAAGAGCAUCUCGAAAGCUUCCAGUCUGAAAGUAUCCAACUGCUUCAGGGCAUCUGCCAUGGCUGUCUACAAGGUGAAGCUCAUUGGGCCAGAGGGGCAGGAGCACGAAUUUGAAGCUCCAGAUGACACUUACAUUCUGGAUGCAGCUGAGACCGCAGGAGUGGAGUUGCCUUACUCAUGCAGGGCUGGGGCAUGCUCCACUUGUGCUGGACGCCUGGAAUCUGGUACAGUUGACCAGUCGGAUGGAUCCUUCCUCGAUGAUGCACAGAUGGGAAAGGGGUAUGUCCUGACAUGUGUCUCCUACCCAAGGUCAGACUGUGUUAUUCACACUCACAAGGAAAGUGAGCUUUAUUGAUUGCUACAGAUAUGCUUGGGGUAAUGUUCGAAAUGUAUCGGGACUGACAUGUUUCUGGAUUAAGAUUUCAUGGUCUAGAAGCUUCUGUUGUUGCUGAAAAAGGUUCUUGGACUUUCUUAGUCUGAGUUGUAGUGCUGCUAGCUGUUUAGAAUUUUAUAUUCAAUAUCAAACUUUUUCUCAUAACUGAUCUAAGUGUGGUUAUUGUGGAGCAUGUCAAGUAUGUGAUAACACCCAAGUAAAAAGGGUCAUGGCUGUGUGACAUCUAUGUCUUAGAAAUUUGUGAAUUUUAUCAGCAGAACAAAAUCAAAUAGAUAAUUAUGGUAUGCUGAAGUUUU